GGAAAGAGUGCUUACAUUUUUAUUCCGGGUCACUUUCUGUUUACCAGCCCUAUCCAUACAAAAUGACCAAUCGUAGACGACAACCCUAUGACUGACUGUUGCGUUGUCAUGGUGGCGGAGGAAGCGUGCAGCUUUACUCCGCUAACGCUAAUGUUAGCAAUACUCUAAAAUCUUAGCAAAUCUAAACAAAUGUUCGCUAAUCUAGCUGUAAUUCAGCGAAAGUGCGGCUUCGUUUAACAAAGCAUCACUGACAGCUAAUAAAAUAUUUAGACUGUCAGAAUUUCACAGGCUAUUUAACUCGCUAUUGGCAGGAUUUUAUAUUGACAGCCUACCUGGGUUGGUAGCUAGCUAAGUUGCCUUGCAUUACAUAGCCUAACGUCAAAUAGAUGCAUUUGUUCUAUUUUAUUUGCAAACGUAAUUCGACGAAUAAAUUAAUUUCCAGGGAAAUGUGUUUGUUGCUUGGAGCCACUGGUGUUGGAAAAACUCUGCUCCUGAAACGGCUACAGAAGCUCAGCUUGCGUGAUGGACCCACGGAUUUAGGCGAACCACCCGCGACGCUGCCCACUGUGGGCACCAACCUGACGGACCUGACCCUGAGGAAGAGGAAGGUGACAGUGAGGGAGCUUGGGGGAUGUAUGGGACCCAUCUGGCCCAGCUACUACACCGACUGCUCCUCUGUCAUAUUCAUGGUGGAUUCUGCAAACAUCCACCAGGUGGCGGCCUCCUGCAUCCAGCUGCUGUCCGUCCUGUCUGCCGAGCCGCUCAGCUCCGCCUCCGUGCUAGUGCUCUUCAACAAAACGGACUUGCCCUGCUCCAUGGGACUCAUGGAGAUGAAGUCACUCUUCAGAAUGGAUGACAUCAUAGCUUCAGCCUCCCAGCCAAUCACUGCACUCGAGCUGAGUGCACGCUCUGGGCAGGGCCUUUUGGAAGUGCUUCACUGGCUGGAUUCCACCCUUAAAGAAUGACAUCAUCCAGUACAAUGACAUCACCUUCCUUCUUGUCAGGAAAUUGUAUCAUCCUUCCAGGAAAGAACAACACUGGCCAUCCUUCUGCCAGAAAGAGUUUUCCCAUGUUCUGUAUGGAAAAUCAAGUCAUGGCCAGGCACAUGUAACACCAAAACGUUUUGCUGCAGCUGCACCCAGAUUACUGGCAACCUGACAUGGCACUGGUAAAUAGUAUGAAUGACUUUGCAUGAGUCUAUGCAAUACAUGCAUUCUUGUCCUGGCCUUGUUGUGACCACAGUAUGUGCUGCACUUCACUUCCAAACCCUGAGCAAAACUCUACCAUAGACGUGUUUAUAUAAGCUCCAAAGCACCUGGAAGUGAGCCUGUACUAUACUUCUGCUGUGUCUGCAAAGUUCUUAUUUUGCAAAGCAGCUUGGUUCAUAAUAGGGUUUCAAUGGGAAGAAAAAUCACAACACAGUAGAGUCUGUUUCCAGUAAGUAAUGAAGUGUAAUAAAUAAGAUGGCCUGUAGGGGCAAGCAUGGAUAACAACUUUUCAGGCUAAACCUGAUGUAUCACACGUCAAGAGUUUCUUGAAAUAUCUCUAAAUAAAGAAAUUAAAUCUAGUUAUCAAAAUUUUCCACAUUAGUAGCAAGUCAACAUGUGCAUUCAUGAGUGCGAUGAUUUCUGAAAGGCUUAUCAAGUAGACUGAGGACAAAUACUAUGGAAUAAUAAGAAAGUAUGUAAAUACACACUAUUUAUUGGUUGAAUUUUUUAAAAAUGGAUAUGUAUACAUUCGGUCAGAGAUUGGUGUUCGACAGGCGACAAACACUAAUUUUCAUACAUUCUCAUACGACUAUGCUUUGA